UUGAACCGGCAAUGGUCAACACGCUAGCCACCACAAUCCAACCUUUAUAAAUUUCAAAAACUCAUUUUUUUUUCAAUUAAUAAAAAAAACUUCUAAAUUAGUCAAUUUUUCAUCCUCUCUCUCUCUCUCUCUCUCUAGCCCCCAUUUUGCCUCCUUUUGAUCUCCCUCCCUCUACCGUUUCUCUCUCCCUCCCUACUUCGAUCACUAGAAAACGAUCUCUGCAACUAUCGUUUUUGGAUCCGCCGAUCAAGCAAAGACUAGGAAAGAGAGAGAAUCGGAGGCUUUGGAGUUUUGAUUAAUCGUCGACAUGUCGUUCUCGGAUUCUGAUUCGUCGUCUGCUUACGGUGGCGACUACAGGAAUUUUAGACAAAUUAGCCGUGAACGUUUAUUGCAUGAAAUGCUUCGAUCAGCCAAAACAGGGAACUCAAAAUCAACUUGGAAGGUUCUCAUCAUGGACAGACUUACUGUGAAGAUCAUGUCAUACUCAUGCAAGAUGGCUGAUAUCACACAGGAAGGAGUUUCAUUGGUAGAAGACAUAUACAGAAGAAGGCAGCCGUUGCCCUCCAUGGAUGCUAUAUACUUCAUCCAACCAACAAAAGAGAAUGUUAUCAUGUUCUUGUCAGACAUGGCUGGGAAAUCGCCUUUGUACAAAAAGGCAUUUGUUUUCUUCAGUUCCCCUAUAUCAAGAGAACUGGUUUCUCAUAUCAAGAAAGAUUCAAGUGUAUUAACUCGCAUAGGUGCAUUGAGAGAGAUGAAUUUGGAGUAUUUUGCUAUAGAUAGCCAGGGUUUUAUUACUGACAAUGAAAGGGCUUUAGAAGAACUUUUUGGGGAUGAUGAGGAUAGUCACAAAGGUGAUGCGUGUUUGAAUGUGAUGGCUUCUCGCAUCGCUACAGUUUUUGCUUCACUACGGGAAUUUCCUUUUGUGAGAUUUCGUGCUGCCAGGUCCCUUGAUGUAACAACAAUGACAACUUCCCGUGAUCUAAUUCCUACAAAGCUUGCUGCUAGAAUUUGGGAUUCUCUAACACAAUAUAAGCAAAAGAUUGAAAACUUUCCCCAGACAGAAACCUGUGAACUGCUCAUCCUGGAUAGAUCUAUAGAUCAGAUUGCUCCUGUCAUACAUGAGUGGACAUAUGAUGCCAUGUGCCAUGAUCUGUUGAAUAUGGAGGGAAAUAAAUAUGUGCAUGAGGUUCCUGGCAAAGCAGGUGGUCCACCUGAAAAAAAGGAAGUUCUUUUGGAGGAACAUGAUCCUGUUUGGCUUGAGCUUCGGCAUGCACACAUAGCAUUUGCUAGUGAGCGGUUGCACGAGAAGAUGACCAACUUUGUAUCAAAAAAUAAAGCUGCCAAAAUCCAACAUGGUUCAAGAGAUGGUGGUGAACUUUCUACACGGGACUUGCAACAGAUGGUUCAAGCAUUGCCUCAAUACAGUGAACAGAUUGACAAGCUCUCUCUCCAUGUAGAGAUUGCUGGAAAAAUUAAUAGAAUUAUCAGGGAGUUGGGGCUUCGAGAGCUUGGUCAACUAGAGCAGGACCUGGUUUUUGGAGAUGCAGGAAUGAAAGAUGUUAUUAAAUUUCUGACUACGAAAGAGGAUACAACUCGUGAAAAUAAGUUGCGGUUGUUGAUGAUUCUUGCCGCUGUUUUUCCUGAGAAGCUUGAGGGUGAAAGGGGUCUUAAUAUAAUGAAGCUGGCAAGAUUACCGCAGGAUGACAUGAAUGCUGUGAAUAAUAUGAGAUUGCUUGCGGGGGCAUCAGAUACCAAAAAAAGAUCAACUGGUGCUUUUUCCCUGAAGUUUGAUAUUCAUAAGAAGAAGCGUGCUGCCAGGAAAGACCGCACCGGUGAGGAAGAAACAACAUGGCAGUUGUCCCGCUUUUACCCCAUGAUAGAGGAACUUAUUGAUAAACUUAACAAAGGAGAACUGUCCAAGGAUGAAUAUCCAUGUAUGAAUGACCCAAGCCCAUCUUUCCAUGGGACAUCCCAGUCUACACCAAUGCAUCAUGUUCCCGCACCCCAUUCAAUGAGAUCAAAACGGACACCAACAUGGGCUCGACCACGGAACUCCGAUGAUGGUUAUUCAAGUGAUUCAAUUCUAAGACACGCAUCUAGUGAUUUUAAAAAGAUGGGCCAGCGUAUUUUUGUUUUCAUUGUAGGUGGAGCUACGAGAUCUGAGCUAAGAGUUUGCCACAAGCUCACGAGCAAGUUACAGAGGGAAGUAAUUUUGGGUUCUUCAAGCCUUGAUGAUCCUCCACAAUUUAUGACGAAGCUCAAACUGCUGACAGCAAAUGAACUUUCGCUGGAUGAUCUGCAGAUAUAAAUGUGUCGGGAUUAGAAGGAAAAAUUCUGCCUAAGGCUGUAGCUUGUGUUCUGUAAUACAUGCCGGAGCUGCUGGGAAAUUUAUGAUGUCUAUAAUGCUACCUUACUAAUUAAAACAGGAAAAAAAAAUCAUUUGAAUUA